GUUUCACUGUUGCUUUCACUUUCAACACUAUCCUAAUCUAUUUGCCCUCCGUAACCAACAUUUGCUUUCAGUUCUUUACGCAGGGCAAGUAGGUUUCCUUAUUCAAAGAGUAAUUGUGCCUUUUUAUUUAGGAUUCUUUAUUGCGGGGACUUUUAAGAUCAUUUCAAUGGGAACAGACAGACAGUUGGAUAGUCUGGAAGUGUUUGUUGAUAUUUCGCAAUGGUUUCGUUAGUGUUCAAAUAGAUCAUAGAUCAAGAUUCGUUUCUCACUGCUUGCUUGCAAGGUUUUGGAAAAGAAAACACCAACAUUUCCUGUGAACAUGUCAGCUCACGGUAAACGUAGACAUCCAAUAUCUGGGAAACACGUAAGUUAUUAUUGAAUGUUUACAUUAUUUUAUGAUUGGCUCCUUUUCAGGCAUUUAACCUUGUAAAAGGGCUUAUUUACUAAACUGUGAAUAACAGGGCAUUAACAGGGUAACUGCAAAUUUUAGGAGAAAACAGCUGAAUUGCAGACAAAAAUGGGGACAUAAAAAAAUCUUAGUUCCCUUGUUUCUACGCAUUUCCCAGUUUAGCGAAUAAAUCCCUGCAGCAUUCUAUAUGGCAUUACAUUUCUGAAGGUAAAAUCAGGAAGUAAUUCUGAUAUGCAGAGCAAAAUAUCCAGAUUUUCCCUAAAUUGGGAAUUUCCCAAAUACUUGAAAAUUUUAGGCUAAACUAGACAACUUGGGAAAACAAACUCAAAAUCAUUAAUGUUUCAGCUAGUUUGGUCUUGAUCAUGUUUAUUACUAGGAAAUAUAUUCUAUAUUAUGGUACCGUGGAACAUAUUGAUUAAUUGUACUGGAAAAUGAAUAGAUGACAGUGGGUGUAUUUUCGUAUGAGAAAGUUUGAUUAAACCUUGAUCUCUGGUGGUGGUCUUUUGAAACAAUUCCAUUUAACAUACCAUGUGGCUGGCAAGGUUAGAUUUAGGGAAGCGUAGUAGUGACUGAAGAACAUACACAGAGAAGUGAGACUAACUUCAUCCAAUGUGGUAUAUAGGCAGCAAGUGAUUAAAAUAAAAAAAAUCACCCUCCCCCACACAUGACAGAAAAUAACACAUGAUAGAUUUUAAUCAAUACAGAAGUGUUAAAUAGUAUGCAAUAAUGGACUUUCAAGGUUGUUUAUGGUUAUUUGUAUUUUCAGAUGAAUCAAUUUGAGAAUAAAUUCUAAAUUUAUCCUGAAAUUCUAAUUCAGAUUCUGGCUAGAGAAAAUUCAGAGACACAUACUAAAUUUAGUACAAAAAAAAGAGAAGUUCUGGGGUUUUAGCUUUCUUGCUUUUCUGCUGUAAAUUGAAAUUUAAAAAAAUUAUCAUUUUGCAGAUAUCAGAAAAAAGCAUUAAGUUAAAAAAAAAAAAAUCCCAAUACAUUGGGUCUUGAGAGCCAUCUAAUAAUUACCAAGACCAUUAGAUACUCCGGAAUUACUUCAUGCUACAUUUGAGAGAGAGAAUAAAAAAUGUGUCGGUCUACACAAAGUCACAACAGCAGGGAUACAGUGAACUUCAUUGAGUUGGAUGUGGAGUGCUUAAAGGAAUUAUCAAAUAGGGGUUCUCCCUCUAGUGCAAGGGUCCUCAUCUGUUUUCCAACUCCCACAAUGAUAUGCGAGCUGGGGAUCUUACCAUCCUGGCAGGGUUGUAUUAGUGAGCAGUGUGCGUGCAUUUGAAUGUAAGCAUGUUUAUGUACAGAGCAUGUGUGUGCAUGUAGAGCUGUAUUUGUAUGUACUGUUGUCAUUGGAAUGCAGUGAUGUACUUAUGUGUGGUGUUUGCAUUUGAAUGCUGGGGUGUAUUUGUAUGUAGAGUUGGCUUUUAAAUCCAGGUGUGCUUUUGUGUAUAGUGCUGGUGUUUGAAUGAAGAGGUGUGGUUGCAUAUAAUUAUGGUGUUUGAAUGCAGGGGUGUGUUUUUAUGCAGGGCCCGUGCAAGACAAUUUUUCGCCAUAGGCAACGCCAAAUAUUUGCACUCCCCUCCUUCAAAAAAUGAAAUUUGCCAACUUUGUGUGUCUCUUUCUUCUCCCAGCACUUUUGUGUGUCUCUUUCUACCCUAACUCGUUUGUGUGUCUCUUUUUUCCCUUCCUCAACACUUCUGUGUCUCUUCCCCAGCUCUCUUUGUCUUUCUCUUCCCAACUCCUCUGUGGGUCUAUUUGUCAUUCCCCAGCCCCUCUGUGUGUGUUUCUUUGUCCCCCCAAGUGACUCUGUGUGUGUCUCUUUGUUCUCCUAGUCCAUCUGUGUCUCUUUGUCCUCCUUAGCCCCUCUCUGUCUCUUUGUCCUCCCAGAGCCCCUUCAUGUGUCUCUUUGUCCCCCAACCACUUUGUUUUUAUUUUUUUCCCCUUUCCCAGCCACUCUGGGUGUCUCUUCCCCCAGCACCUGUGUGUCUCUUUCUCUCUCUAGCCCUAUGUGUGUCCUUUUGCCCCCCAACCCUUUGUGCACCUCUUCCCCUUCUCAGCUCCUUGUGUGCCUCUCCUCCCAUUAGCCCUCUGUGUGCAUCCCCCUAGCCCUUUGGUUUACUAGCCCUUUGUGUGCCUCUCUCCCUCCAGCACCCUGUGUGCCUCUCUCCCCUAGAUGUCUGUGUGGCUCUCCUUGUGUCUAAUUAACCUCCCAGCCCCUCCACGUGUCUCAUUAAUCCCACCAGCCCCUCCAUGUGUUUCCUUAAUCCGCUGGCCUCUCCAUGUGUCUCUUUAAGUCCAUCACCCCUCCAUGUGAUUCCUUUACCCUCAGCCCCAUCCAUGUUUCUCCCUAACACCCCACCUCCUCCAUGUGUCUCAUUGACCCCCCAGACCUUUCAUGUGUCUCUUUAAGCCCCCAGGCCCAUCCAUGCAUCUGCUUAAGCCCCCCCCCCACCCCUCCACAUGUCUCCUUGACCUCCCUAGACCCUCUAUGGGGCUCCUUGACCCCCCCAGUCCCACUCAUGUGUCUCCUUAGCGCCCAGCCCCAUCCAUGUAUCUUCUUAAUCCCCCAACUCCAUCCAUGAGACUACUUAACCACUGCCCCUCUUUCCUCUGUGCCAGCUCACAUCCAUGUUGUAGCUUGGCUGAGCGGGGACUGCGGUAGAGGAGCUUGUUUCCCUAUACUGGGACUGACAAGAAGCAGAAUUUGGCGCUCUCUGCACUUCCUUUGUGUCAGACAGGCCUGGUAGAGGUAAACAAGCUCCUUUAUCCCGGUUCCCGCUUGGCCACACUACAUACACACAUAUAAAUACACCGACACAUAAACACACACAGAUACACACUGACAUGCACACACUAACUCAUUCACACACCCUGACACACAGAUAUACACACUGACACAUGUAUACACACAUAAAUGUCUUAAUUUUUAUAUUUUUAGCUAAAAUGGCUUGUCUUUGGUCCUGCUGCUGGCUGAUGGGAGUGUGCAGCUGGAGCAGACUCUCUUUCUCUCUCCAUGUUCUCCCCCGCCCUGCUGUCUGUGCCUCCUCUCAGCCUCCCACGUGGGUUCCUCCUGUAGCUGGGAGGAAGUAAAAAGCUCUCCCUUUCUCCCAGCAUUGACGAUAUUACAGGUGCUCUGUUGCCCUUUUAAAGGGCCGUGACGUCCGACCAGGCCCGUAUUCAGCAAUACACAUGAUUUGGGAUCUCUCAGUGUCCUCUUAUUUGUUUUUCAUUACAUCCCUUCAUUGAAAUUGUAAAGCACUGCUGAAUAUGACCAAACGAGUUAUCUAUAAAAAUUCCGAUAAUUUUUAAUGGCAACUACUGCAGAUAAAUCAUUUGUAAAGUUUAAGAGUAUUAAACUAUUUGGAGGCCUAUGUUGGAGCUAUAUAAAUGUAAGCUAUAAUAAAAACAACAACAUCAACAAUACUAAUAAUUUCCUCUAACCACAGGCUGAGAUGGUUUAAAGUUCCAAGUGAAAAAGCAUGGAAUUACCCAUCUACUGGUUUACUCUUCCAUUGCUACAUAAUGUUAAAUGAUAUCCACAAACCCCAGAUGAGUGGGAGUAGAGUUUGUACUUGAGUCCCACCUAUUCCCAUAUCUAGUACACAGCUUGGUGUUGGUCAAGCGCUUACUAUCAAAACUUACUUUCCCAGGGGCAGGGCCUGAACAGCAUGGAGGACAGACUUGCCAUAGCAGAGCUCCUCAGCAAAAAGGGAGUCUAAUAGCACAUCCAGUCACACAAAGCCGACAAAUGGAGGACAAAUUUGACUCACCUAACCCACGAUGGGGCUGGGAACCGAUGUGGCGGCCUGUGACCCACUUGAAGCCUGUUAAAAGCACCGAACGCAACAUGGGGCCUGGCGCGCGCCGACAGGGGGAGGCGGCCGAUCUCCCAGUCCGGUGCCACACGGUGACAAUGCCCAACAAGCAGGAGUCUCGUUACUCCCCCCCUUACCCCCUGACCGUCGGGGGUGACUGCGGUCCAAUACAGAGAGGCAAUUCCGGAAAGGGGAGAGCGCAGGGUGCAGCCACCUCAACCUACAGUUUAUCCAACGUGACACCCAUCAUGGCGACUGCCACGUGCCUCCCCAACCCUGCGGACACAGACUAUGAAACCUCACAAAAGCUGGAUGCACUACUCGCCAAUUUCUGGCGUAAGAUAGAGGGCAGAACGCAGCCACUUACCUCCCACCAGCCAGACAGCUACCUGACAAAGAAGCUGCCUCCACCUUGGAAGAUCGCUCCGAAGGCCUCACCUGCAGGACAGGAAACACCAUGGCAGCGGACCAUGCUGCAUAAGAGGCAGAAACACUGCAUGAGACACCACCGGGGACACACUGCACAGAAGAGAAGCAGGACCCCACGUGCACACUCGCCCCACCUGGCGACACCCGAGACCAGAAGCAAACAACAUCCUGCUCCGUUCCAGAUCCCACUCAUGGACGGUCGGAGGGACGACAACAUAGUGGCAAUGGCAGCCUCCUGUACCAAGCCUCCAGAGUUGGAGUGGGAUGACCAAGACGGACUGCCAUAAGGAUUACUCAUGCUCCGCAAUGCACAGAAGCAGGUUCAGUCCAAAAAGCCCACAGAUAAUCCCCAAUGAGCUACUUAAAGCUAGCCGCCUUUAUUUGAACCCCAGUAUCUUUUAGAUGUUAAUCCACAGCCUGCGCUCACAAACCUCACUGGGCCUUUAAACCCUGUCUCACUCCCAUAAUAGCUCAUUAAGUCUAUACACAAGUAUCUAUAUAACUAAAGCCUAAGAAACCUAAUACAUGGGAGCUUUCCCUCACCUAACAGCUAUCUUGUAAUCACUCUAGAAUAUAACUAGGAUAUUGAAGCCUGUUUGUUUAAACAUAUCCUAAGUGAAUGUUCCUCAUGUGUCAUUUAUUGCUUUAAACAUGUCUCGUGAUCCUUGCUCAUGCUGAGGUGACCUAUAGUUAGCCUAUCUGUAUAUUUUUCCUUUAUUGCUAAUCUUUGUUUAAAAUUCCAGCUCAUUAAAUUAAAAAUGUGCCUGACUAAGGAAUGCCACAAAUUGUAAUGCAAAUGUCUGCCAAUUCACUCUGAUGUCGCUGUUGUGGCGCACCAAGGUUGCUUGUUAAUCUUGCACAAUAAAAAUAAAGAAUAAAAAAAAAAAUUACUUUCCCUUACCAAGUCCAUACUUUUUAACCAUCACACCAAUGCCCACCGCCAUGCUGAGUACUUUCACACGGGUUUUAUAGAUUUAUUUUUACUUGCCUUUUUUAUAGUUAUACAAUUUAGGUUUUGUUUAUCAGUUAGCAUAUCUGUGUAUACCUUUAAAUCUUUCAGGGCCUCUAUAGGUAAUGUGAAGCUGACAGUGAUUUAUACUUUUGAAGUAGUACAUUCCCCCUUGUUACACAUUGUUUUUCAUCACUUCAAUGAUCAUUAUGUUGAGAGGAGUGUAGUUGCAAGAAGAUCCUAAACUUUAAAAAAAAAUCAUUAAGACAGUCAUGUUUAUUAUAUAGAAUUGUAUCUCCUUAUGCAAAACUUUUUUGUUGAGUGUAAUUUCCCAUCAAGGAAAUACAAAAAACAUUGUGUCAGUCCUGUGACUCCAACUAUAGUACAAUAAAUCAAUAUGAAAAUCAGCCAUGCUUCUACUUCCCUCUUCUAGUUGACUAAGCAGAGGUUAUUUUAACUAGUUAUGAUCUGUUGGUUUUCUGGUAAUCCAAUGCUGCUAGUGUGUUAGCUUCAGAUUUUGUAAUACACAUGAUGCCUGAACAUAAGAUUGCGUGUCUGGAACAAUAAUGAAACUUGACACAUCCAAACAACAAAGGUUUCUAGAAUUAAUGCUGUAUUAUCUAAAACCACAAAGAGUGUCAAGAAUCUGAAAGAUGUUUGACCUGAUGGGUUACUCUGGUAAGCUAGAGAAGGAUACUUGUCAAGAGUUAGAGCCGUUUUUAGCUAGCAGUACAACCCAACUACAGCAUAGUAGCAUCAAAUAUAAUUUCUUAUGCUAGGUGGUCUAACAGACUACAAACUAAUAUUUUAAUUACACUCCCUCAACCUCGGGCGCUAACAGUGAUUUUAAGAAAUAUGGCUUGUGAUCAGUUAUUCUGUAGCAAGACUAGCCAAUACGGAGCUCUCUAAGCCCCUGUUUCCUAAUCCUGUCCCCAAGGCAUAGCAAUGGUUCUGAUUUGUCAGUAUUCCCUUGGGAACAGAACUGGAGAAUGUCUAAAUUCUGUUCUGUUCUGACUGGGUUGGAAAAAAAGGCUCUAAAUAAACCAUUCCUGAGCUACUACUUGAUCUAAAGCCUCCAAUGUUUCCCAUAUGACUGUUGUGCAACUUUUACCCUACAGUUGUCAUUUAGACAACAAUCAUAAAAUUAAGUCAAUUGAAAACAUGAAUUUGCCAUACAAUUUUUCCAAAAUCAAAUACAGAGUAGAAAUCCAAUGUCAUAUGUAACAGAACUGUGCCUACAGCAAUAGGCAUUGAAAUAAAGCUAUGGGUAACAACAUUGGUUUUAAGAAAUAUGGCUGAGCACUUCUUUUACAUUAAAGAUUUUCCCAACAGCAAGUCGUUCAGCUGAGUUUCUUUGUGGCAACAGGUUCAGUCAUUCCUUCUAAUAUUUAUGACCAAUGCUUUUCGAUAUGUAAAGCCCCCACUGCAACUUGGUUUAUUGUGGUUUUCUUAAUACAGUUUAUUUUUAAGUGAACAGCUAUAGGAAAGUCCCUAGGUUUCAUAUAUAUAUAUAUAUAUAUAUAUAUAUAUAUAUAUAUAUAUAUAUAUAUAUCUCUAUAUCUAUCUAUCUAUCUUAAUUGCAAACAGAGUAAUUUGUGCUAAGUAAGAAAGAAUAAAAAAAAAAAAAUCUUGUUUUAUCUGUUCCUGAAUGCAUAUACUUUAGUGUUCCAGAUAGUUUAGUACAGCCAGCCCUGCACUUAUAGGUAUCUUCACCAGUCUUUUAGAUCCAUGUUUUUGACACGCUAUUAUAACUAAGGACACCCCCUCUCUCUAUGACCUUUCUUUGUCAGUUCCUUCAAAAACCACUGUCACGCAAUGCAUGUAUCAGGUCUUCAGGGUCCAGAGUCAGAAUAAUAACGCUUUUACUAUAAAGUGUCUCUCCAUGCUCCUAUAUGUCCCAAGUUCCCACAAUGUCGUUUGUUUGUUAUCUACCCUUGUUAUAGUCCACAUCCAUCUAUAUUCCCCCAGUCUUCCUAUAUCCAUACAACCCCCUCAAAGUCAUAUUUACCUCCUAAACAACAUUGUCCCCACCAUAGGCGUGCGCAGCCUAUUGCAUUAGGGUGUGCACCCUAAAGCACAAACACACACGCCAUAUAUAUAUACACACACACACACACACACAUACACUUUUGUGUGUGGGUGCUGUAUGUGUGUGAGGGUGCUGUGUGUGCUGUAUGUGUGAAGGUGCUGUAUGUAUGUGUGAGGGUGCUGUGUGUGUGUGCUGUAUGUGUGCAGGUGCUGUAUGUGUGUGUGGGUGCUGUAUGUGCUGUAUGUGUGUGAGGGUGCUGCAUGUGUGUGCUGUGUGUGUGUGGGUGCUGUAUGUGUGAAGGUGCUGUAUGUAUGUGUGUGUGUGUGCUGUGUGUGUGUGCUGUAUGUAUGUGUGGGUGCUGUGUGUGUGGGUGCUGUGUGUGUGUGCUGUAUGUGUGUGCUGUAUGUGUGCUGUGUGUGUGUGUGUGUGCUGUAUGUGUAUGGGGUGCUGUGUGUGUGUGUGUGUGCUGUAUGUGUAUGGGGUGCUGUGUGUGUGUGUGUGAGGGUGCUGUGUGUGUGUGAGGGUGCUGUGUGUGUGUGUGGAUGCUGUAUGUGUGAAGGUGCUGUAUGUGUGUGCUGUGUGUGUACGUGUGCUGUAUGUGUGUGUGUGUGUGUGAGGGUGCUGUAUGUGUGUGUGUGCUGUGUUGCUGUAUGUGUGUGCUGUGUGUGUGUGUUGGUGCUGUAUGUGUGAAGGAACUGUAUGUGUGUGCUAUAUGUGUGUGCUGUAUGUGUGUGGUGUGUGUGUGUGUGUGUGUGCUGUGUGUGUGGGUGCUGUAUGUGUGAAGGUGCUGUACGCAUAGGCGUUCGCACGGGGUGUGCCGGAUGUGCCUGGGCACACCCUAAUCCCCGCGGCACGCCUAUGGAUUGAGUCCUGCAGGAACAGCGUUCCUGCACUUUUUUUUUUUUUUUAGUAGGAACGCUGUUCCUGCAGGCACUCAGCGCCCCCAAAAGCCCUCCUUCCUCCCCCCGUGUUGCCCCUGUCAUGAGGGGGGCAAGAGGUGAUGCAUCCCCCUUCCUCUCUCCAUCUCAGCCGCGGCGAGGGAGCUGUGUGCUCGCUGUGUGUGUGUGCUGCAUGAGGGUGGUUUGAGGGUGAUGUGUGUGUGUGUGAGGGUGCUGUUUGUGUGCUGUGUGUGUGUGUGAGGGUGUUUGUGUGUGUGUUUGUUAUGGUCCUGUUAGUGUGCUGUGUGAGGGUGCUGUUUCUGUGCUGUGUUUGAGAGGGUGCUGUAUGUGUGAGGGUGCUGUAUGUGUGAGGGUGCUGUAUGUGUGAGGGUGCUGUAUGUGUGAGGGUGCUGUAUGUGUGAGGGUGCUGUGUGUGUGUGUGUGGGUGCUGCGUGUGUGGGUGCUGUAUGUGUGAAGGUGCUGUAUGUGUGCUGUAUGUGUGCUGUGUGUGUGUGUGAGGUGUUUGUGUGUGUGUUUGUUAUGGUCCUGUUAGUGUGCUGUGUGUGUGUGUUUGUGGGGUGCUUUGUUUCUGUGCUGUGUUUGAGGUGCUGUAUGUGAGGGUGCUGUAUGUGGGGUGCUGUAUGUGUGUGGGGUGCUGUAUGUGUGGGGUGCUGUAUGUGUGGGGUGCUGUGUGUGUGUGUGUGUGGGUGCUGCGUGUGUGGGUGCUGUAUGUGUGAAGGUGCUGUAUGUGUGCUGUGUGUGUGUGUGUGAGGGGUGUUUGUGUGUGUGUUUGUUAUGGUCCUGUUAGUGUGCUGUGUGUGUGUUUGUGUGGGUGCUGUGUGUGCUGUGUGUGUGGGUGCUGUAUGUGUGUACUUGCUGUGUGUGUGUGUGUGUGUGUGUGCUGUAUGUGUGUGGUGUGUGUGGGUGCUGUAUGUGUGUGCUGUAUGUGUGUGAAGGUACUGUAUGUGUGUGUGUGUGCUGUAUGAGUGUGCUGUGUGUGUGGGUGCUGUAUGUGUGUAGGUGCUGCAUGUGUGUGCUGUGUGUGUGUGUGGGUGCUGUAUGUGUGUAGGUGCUGCAUGUGUGUGCUGUGUGUGUGUGGGUGCUGUAUGUGUGAAGGUGCUGUAUGUAUGUAUGUGUGGGUGUGGGUGCUGUGUGUGUGCUGUGUGUGUGGGUGCUGUAUGUGUGUACUUGCGGUGUGUGCUGUAUGUGUGUGCUGUAUGUGUGUGGUGUGUGUGUGCUGUAUGUGUGUGCUGUGUGUGUGCUGUGUGUGUGCUGUGUGGGUGCUGUAUGUGGGUGCUGUAUGUGUGUGCUGUAUGUGUGUGCUGUAUGUGUGUGCUGUAUGUGUGUGUGUGUGAGCGUGCUGUAUGUGUGUGAGGGUGUUGUAUGUGUGUGUGCUGUGUGUGUGUGGGUUCUGUAUGUGUGUGCUGUGUGUGUGGGUGCUGUAUGUGUGAAGGUGCUGUACGCAUGGGCACACCCUAAUCCCCGCGGCACGCCUCUGGAUUGAGUCCUGCAGGAACAGCGUUCCUGCAUUUUUUUUGAGCAGGAAGGCUGUUCCUGCAGGCACUCAGCGCCCCCAAAAGCCUCCCCCCGUGUUGCCCCUGUCACGGGGGGCGGCAAUAGGUGAUGGAUCCCCCCUCCUCUCUCCAUCUCAGCCGCAGCGAGGGAGCUGUGUGCUCUCUGCUUCCUCUUGCCGCAGGCCGUUUGCUGAUGCCGGGAGCCGGAAUAUGAUGUCAUAUUCCGGCUCCCAGGUACUGUAGACAGCCCGCGCGGCGAGAGGAAGCAGAGAGCACUCAGCUCCCUCGCCGCGGAUGAGAUGGAGACAGGAGACAGGCGCCCGCCCCACUGGACCCCAGGGACAAGUCCACGCCAGCACUCCAGGUAGGGAGGCUGGGUGGACAUUUUUUUUAUUAAAACAUAAUAAUUUUUAUGCGUGUGUCUGUAUCUGUGUGUGUGUGUGUGUGUGUCUGUAUGUGUCGGUGAAUGUGUGUGUGUGUCAGUGAAUGUGUGUGUCAGUGAAUGUGUGUGUGUGUAUGUGUGUCUGUGAAUGUAUGAGUGUGUCUGUGUCUGAAUGUGUCUGUGAGUGUGUGUGUGUACGCAUAUAUAUAUAUAUACACACACACACACACACACACACACACACACACACACACACACACGUGUAUAUUAUUUUUUUUGGGGGGGGUGGGAAUCUUGGGAGAGUUCCAACACAUUAUUCCACAGGGAUCUGAGAGCUGAGUGCCGGCUCUGCUCUAUGCCUCCAUGGGCCGGCGGGGAGACCAAAGAUCUACCUCACCGGCCUACAGCAGCAUGGAGGGAGGCAGGAGAGGACCCAGGGAGCUCUAGCCAGCAGCUCCGCCAGGUUCCUCUCGCGAUAUCUGAGCGUUGCCACGGCAACGCUAAGAUCUCGUGAGAGUUAACUCUAGCCCCACAGGCUAGAGUUCACUCUCCACUGGACCACCAGGGAUGGCACAUGGCAGCAAGGAUCCCCCUCCCUACAAAAGGUCAGAUGGCAGGGGGGAUAUUUACUAAUCUGCCCCCACCUCCACAGUCCCUCCAAACAUACAGCACACACACAUACAGCACCUACACACAUACAGCUUACACACAGCAUGCUCACACACACAGUACACUAACUGCACCCUCACAAACACACACAGCACCUUUAAAAGCACCUUUAAAAAAAAAAAAAAACACUCUCACACACAGCACACUAACAGCACCCUCACAAACACACACACACAAACAGCACCCACACAAAUACACGACACUCACACAAACAGCACCCUCACACACACAGCACCCUCACAGGACAAACACACACACACAAACACCCUCACACACAAACAGCACUGUCACAAACACACACACACAAACACCCUCACAUCACACUAACAGCACCCUCACACACAUCACACAAACAGCACACACAGCACCCUCACACAGCACACUAACAGCACACACAGCUGUGUGUGUGUGUGUGUGUGUAUGUGUAUAUAUAUAUAUAUAUAUAUAUAUAUACACACACACACAUAUAUACAUGCGGUGUGUGUUUGUGUUUUAGGGUGCACACCCUAAUGCAAUAGGCUGCGCACGCCUAUGGCUGUAUGUGUGUGUGCUGUGUGUGCUGUAUGUGUGAAGGUGCUGCAUGAGCCGACAGGGGAGAUCCUGAGCCCAGGCACACCCGGCACACCCCGUGCGCACGCCUAUGGUCCCCACAAGCAUCAUCCAUAUACCUUCCCAAAAUUUCCAUAGGGCUUGCAUUUUUUAGUUAUAUUAUUUUUAGUUAUAUUAUCUCUCUUUUUACAUAAAACUCAUCUAAAUCACUUUUCCACCACAGAAUCAAAUAGAAAAAUAGUGUUUAGAGUAAAAUAGGUCAGAUUUAAUUCAACUGCAAAUUAACUUUUGUAUGCUUUAUAAAGUGAAGCAAAAACAGAAAGUAAGAGAAGAAAAAGGUGCUCUGUGCAAUUAGGCGCUUAACAAUAAUAUAUAAAUAGAACAGCAGCUCAAACACGCAUGCAGGUAUCCCAAUCCUACACAAACACAAUGUGAAAGAAAAAAGUGAACUUAGUGGAUCGUACUACCACCAAAAGAUCACUCAGUGGAGCGCUAAAUAUCAAAUUCUUACCCCUAUUGGAAUAACGUAUAUAUCACUUUAAGGGGCAGACAGCAUAAUAAAAUCUACAACAAGAAAAUACACAUCAUAGUGCAGUAUGCUUGUAAGGUGUGAAUGGAGUGGAAGAAGAUGUAUGUCCAACUCACAUGGUAAAGAGCCUGGAGAUUGGCUCAAAUCACAACAGCUGAGGUAUGUUUGGUAAUACCAGACCUUCUCCAGAUAUACAGCUCACAACAUAUGUGGAUAAAAAAGGACAAAAAUCCUAGUGCAAGUAUGUUUAAAAUAAACAAGUGGUCACAUAUAACAGUGCAUGAAUGUGCUCACCUGGAAUAGAGCCAAUUGUACUAGGCUCUAUGUAUAAGCGUGUGGUGCCUUUAAGGGAGGCACUACCCUUCUUUAGAAAAUGCAGGAAGCAGUUGAAGAUCCACUACCAGAUGUAUAAGGUAAAAGUAACAAUUUAUUAAAAAAAAAAAACAAUUAAGCAAAGUAAAACUGUAUAUACAGAUACCAAAAAGUAAAAGUCUCUGGGGUGGUCUUCCUUGGAGUUCCGAGACGCGUUUUCGCCGUGGGGCUUUCUCAAUCGGAUGAAUCUGCUUCCUGAAUGGGCGAUGUUUAAAUGUUGGCGCCGUCCGUCUGAUUGGACGUGCUGAUUGCCGGGUAGCCAAUCGUAAUGCAUGGAAUGUGGAGGUGUGUCUCACAGCUGACGGUCGUGAGUCCGGGAGCUCAAAACCCGGAAGUACCAUGAAGUGUAGCCAAUCUCACGUGGUUAACUGACGUUGUCAUUUGGAGCAUGUUCAGUGGUUACUAAGCUGUCCGAGGAGCCAUCUUGGUUAUGGGCAAUAGCUCCAUAGUUAGAUCCGUUUUUUAAAAGUCCAAUAUUGCAUAAAGAGUCCCAUAUUAAUAGUAAUAUAUAAAAUAAAAAGCAAAAAGAACAUGGUUAUACAUAGCAGAAUAAUAAUAUUAAGCAUAUAUACAUAAAGGGACUAUUGACUCUCAUUAUAUGCUUGCAAUCAAAAGGGAAAUGUGCUAAAAACAGAAAAAAAAAAAAGGCAAUCAGAUGAUUGAAAAAAAGGUGGCACAACACAUGUCAGUGAAUGAAGUGGAUAAGCAGUGCCAACUGAUCUAAAAACAUACAUAAAAGAUCCAAUUAAAAUUUAAGUCUUAUCUUAAAAAGUGGCAAAGCUCAAAAUCAUUAUUUAAACCAUAUGGUUGUAAACUGUUUAAAUUAAAGAUCCACUUCAUUUCCAUUUGUCCCAUCUUUUUAAUGGUAUCAUCACCUCUCCAAUUAAGGUGAACUCUCUGGAUUCCCAAAAAAGUCAUCUGAUUUGGAUCACUAUUGUGUUUGAUUUUAAAAUGUAGUGAUAGACUAUGUUUGGUAUAUCCAUUUCUGACAUUGCGUACAUGUUCUUGUAUCCUGACUUGCAAGGGGCGAGUAGUGCGUCCUAUAUAGACAAGAUUGCAGGUGCAUUUAAUCAUAUAAAUUACAUGUUUGGUGUGACAUGUAAUGAUUUCUUUAAUUAUAAACUUUUGAUCUUUAUCAUGAGGGUGUUGGAAAUUUUUUAUAUGGCGUUUAGAACUUUUUGUGUUUUUACAAGCACCACAAAUUCCACAUCCAUAAAAACCACUACUUUCAUUGAAUGGAUUUCCUUUAAUGUUUUUCUUCAAUGAAGAAUGGUUUUGAGUCAAAUUACAUUUUAAAUUGGGGACACCCCUAUAGACGAGUUUUGGUCUGUCUGGAAGAAUUUGUUUUAGAACCUCAUCACUUUUUAAAAUGGACCAAUGUUUAUUUAAAAUUUUCUUGAGUUGAUUACUUUGACAAUUAAAAUCACUUAUAAAUGGCACAUUAUCCCAAUUCAUAUUUGAUGGUUUAUUUUUGUACUGGAUCAAUGAUUCUCUAUCCUGCAGAUUGACUUCAUGGAGGGCCUUUUUAAGAAGUGAAUUGUCAUAGCCCUUAUCGCUAAAGUCACCAAUAAUUCUUUGUGCUUGUUCGCAGAACUUUUCAUUAUCUGUACAGUUUGUGGGGAUAUUUAUGGGAUAAUAAUAGUAACAGUGAGAAUUGCCCACUAAUUCAAUUCUCAGAUCCCAAAGAACGUUUAUCGUGUUAAGUGGAAAGUAUUUCAUAUAAAUAAUCACAAUGUAUAAAAAUAGAUUUUAUUUAUGAUAACCAAUAAUUAACAAAUAAUAUUAUGUAACAUGCAUGACAAUAAUCAAUGAAUAUUCAGUAUAAAAUUAUAUGCAAUACAAAGAAAUGGGUAUUACGUUACAAUGGCUAAAUAGCAUUUCCUGUCAAGAAUUAUUUAUGACUAUCUUUAACACAGGCUGAAAGUGAAACUUUUCACAGAAGAACAGAAUUCCUCAGAGUGCAGCGUAAGGUCGUAAAGUUUAGCAGACAGUUAGAAUAACCCUUUCAAUGCUGGCUAGAUCUCCUAGGUAGUUAAGAUCUAUUCUUAUGUAAUUUUAAAUAAAAUAAAAUUUAACCCAGUUCAUUAGUCAUUUUCUUAAAAUCAUCCAAUAAGAGAAUUUACCACAUUAUAUAAGCAGAUUUUUAAUUUGUCUAAAAGAUAUCUAUCUUAAUUUAGAGCAAAUCAAUACACCUGGAUAAAAACAGCGGUAUGCUAACACGUGAUAAUAUCACAUCAAUAUAUAAUUAUUCUUAAUUCCACCUGCAGAAUGGAAUGUUUAUAACUAUAUAUUCUUAGUUAACUAAGAUUUCUUAAUAUGGAAAUCUGACCGUGCUUUAUCCAGUCAUAUAUAAUGCUAUUAAUAUAAUUUAAUUAAUUUAAUUAAUUAAAUGAAACCAGUAUAAUUACCAGUUGAGUAGAUAUUUCAUCCGAUUGGUAGUCUCUCUGCAUGGAGGUGUUGGUUAGAAAGUCAGUAAAUUCUAAGUGUUAGAGUUUUAGGAGUAGAGUGUUAGUCUCAGAUGUUGUCCGAGUUGGAAUCCCCAAACUUCCAAUUCCUCUCUCCUCUCCUUUGCAUAUCUUGCAUCUGCCUCCUCUCGUCUCGUCUAUGCUAUCUUCCCUUUGUCUUAACUUUUAAAGGGCCAGACUCUCUGUACGUCAUCGGUUGAUAACCCAAUAGAAGCACUAGAGGUGUGGUUAUCUUCCAGAUCGCAAAUUAGGUAUUUGGUCUGUAGAGGGCAGUCUUGUCCCACUAAACAUACCUAUCCAGGAAAGAGUUAACUUUUCCUGGUGGCUAUUUUGACGUCAUUUUGGCCUAUCUAGAUAGUGGCUAUAACUUACGUAUCCUUCAAAGAUCAAAGGGGUUCUUAAAUUUUGUCCAGACUAUGUGUCUGCAAAUCUGAGUUUUUUUCUGAUAUGGCAGAUCAUGAACUAAGUUUACCCUUUUCCAUACAAUGGUGCCUUAUAUAUAUAUAUAUAUAUAUAUAUAUAUAUAGACAGUUAAAUUUUAUUAUUUAAUCUUCUCUGUCACAAUUGUCUGGGUUUAGAUUUGAUUAUAUUCCAUUAGCAUUAGACAGUCUGUCCAACCCCCUUCCUUAUCACUUGGCUUGUAUAUACUAUGCAUUCCUCAGCUCUGGGAAAGUGGUUAGCUUACAGAUAGAAAUACUGUGUCUCUUUGUUAACUUGAAAUAACAAAAUGGAGUCUGGUCUGUUCAGAGUGACUCAGAAUAUACACUUUUAGUUUCUAUCAUAGCACAAAAUGUCUGCCGAUAUAAAUACCCUGACAAGUUCCUCUUAAUCCUCAUGAGUUGAGAUUUUGGGGCAUUUAGAAGCCAUGGAGAAUAAUGACAGCUAUUUCCUUGGAUAUAGCUAUUUACAUCAAUUUUCUUAAAAAAUGUGCUCGUUUUAAUUACAUUAUUUUCUAUAUAUAUAUUGAGGUCUAAAAAGCUAACGUUUUCUUUAAAACGUUAGCUUUUUAGACCUCAAUAUAUAUAUAGAAAAUAAUGUAAUUAAAACGAGCACAUUUUUUAAGAAAAUUGAUGUAAAUAGCUGUCAUUAUUCUCCAUGGUUUCUAAAUGCCCCAAAAUCUCAACUCAUGAGGAUUAAGAGGAACUGUACAGAUAAUGAAAAGUUCUGCGAACAAGCACAAAGAAUUAUUGGUGACUUUAGCGAUAAGGGCUAUGACAAUUCACUUCUUAAAAAGGCCCUCCAUGAAGUCAAUCUGCAGGAUAGAGAAUCAUUGAUCCAGUACAAAAAUAAACCAUCAAAUAUGAAUUGGGAUAAUGUGCCAUUUAUAAGUGAUUUUAAUUGUCAAAGUAAUCAACUCAAGAAAAUUUUAAAUAAACAUUGGUCCAUUUUAAAAAGCGAUGAGGUUCUAAAACAAAUUCUUCCAGACAGACCAAAACUCGUCUAUAGGGGUGUCCCCAAUUUAAAAUGUAAUUUGACUCAAAACCAUUCUUCAUUGAAGAAAAACAUUAAAGGAAAUCCAUUCAAUGAAAGUAGUGGUUUUUAUGGAUGUGGAAUUUGUGGUGCUUGUAAAAACACAAAAAGUUCUAAACGCCAUAUAAAAAAUUUCCAACACCCUCAUGAUAAAGAUCAAAAGUUUAUAAUUAAAGAAAUCAUUACAUGUCACACCAAACAUGUAAUUUAUAUGAUUAAAUGCACCUGCAAUCUUGUCUAUAUAGGACGCACUACUCGCCCCUUGCAAGUCAGGAUACAAGAACAUGUACGCAAUGUCAGAAAUGGAUAUACCAAACAUAGUCUAUCACUACAUUUUAAAAUCAAACACAAUAGUGAUCCAAAUCAGAUGACUUUUUUGGGAAUCCAGAGAGUUCACCUUAAUUGGAGAGGUGAUGAUACCAUUAAAAAGAUGGGACAAAUGGAAAUGAAGUGGAUCUUUAAUUUAAACAGUUUACAACCAUAUGGUUUAAAUAAUGAUUUUGAGCUUUGCCACUUUUUAAGAUAAGACUUAAAUUUUAAUUGGAUCUUUUAUGUAUGUUUUUAGAUCAGUUGGCACUGCUUAUCCACUUCAUUCACUGACAUGUGUUGUGCCACCUUUUUUUCAAUCAUCUGAUUGCCUUUUUUUUUUUUUAGCACAUUUCCCUUUUGAUUGCAAGCAUAUAAUGAGAGUCAAUAGUCCCUUUAUGUAUAUAUGCUUAAUAUUAUUAUUCUGCUAUGUAUAACCAUGUUCUUUUUGCUUUUUAUUUUAUAUAUUACUAUUAAUAUGGGACUCUUUAUGCAAUAUUGGACUUUUAAAAAACGGAUCUAACUAUGGAGCUAUUGCCCAUAACCAAGAUGGCUCCUCGGACAGCUUAGUAACCACUGAACAUGCUCCAAAUGACAACGUCAGUUAACCACGUGAGAUUGGCUACACUUCAUGGUACUUCCGGGUUUUGAGCUCCCGGACUCACGACCGUCAGCUGUGAGAUACACCUCCACAUUCCAUGCAUUACGAUUGGCUACCCGGCAAUCAGCACGUCCAAUCAGACGGACGGCGCCAACAUUUAAACAUCGCCCAUUCAGGAAGCAGAUUCAUCCGAUUGAGAAAGCCCCACGGCGAAAACGCGUCUCGGAACUCCAAGGAAGACCACCCCAGAGACUUUUACUUUUUGGUAUCUGUAUAUACAGUUUUACUUUGCUUAAUUGUUUUUUUUUUUUUUUUAAUAAAUUGUUACUUUUACCUUAUACAUCUGGUAGUGGAUCUUCAACUGCUUCCUGCAUUUUCUAAAGAAGGGUAGUGCCUCCCUUAAAGGCACCACACGCUUAUACAUAGAGCCUAGUACAAUUGGCUCUAUUCCAGGUGAGCACAUUCAUGCACUGUUAUAUGUGACCACUUGUUUAUUUUAACAUACUUGCACUAGGAUUUUUGUCCUUUUUUAUCCACAUAUGUUGUGAGCUGUAUAUCUGGAGAAGGUCUGGUAUUACCAAACAUACCUCAGCUGUUGUGAUUUGAGCCAAUCUCCAGGCUCUUUACCAUGUGAGUUGGACAUACAUCUUCUUCCACUCCAUUCACACCUUACAAGCAUACUGCACUAUGAUGUGUAUUUUCUUGUUGUAGAUUUUAUUAUGCUGUCUGCCCCUUAAAGUGAUAUAUACGUUAUUCCAAUAGGGGUAAGAAUUUGAUAUUUAGCGCUCCACUGAGUGAUAUUUUGGUGGUAGUACGAUCCACUAAGUUCACUUUUUUCUUUCACAGAAAGUAAGAGAACUCUAUGUGCAAAAAAUCAGAAAAUAAAUAACUUCCACUUUCGUUAGUUCCUGCUCAGGGCUUAAAAAAACAUGUUUGCUCACUUGUUCCACUACAGAGAGAUCCUAUACCAUUUGCACAUCAGACUGACCCCACCCAUAAGGGCAUUUCAGAUUCGAAAUGCCAGCAAGUUCCUUCUGCACAAGAGAUGCAGUAACCCUGGAUGAUUGGCCCUGCCUCCUUUAGGCCUCAUCAGUAAGAUGUUUUACAGAUUGGUUUUGUUUUACAUAGUUUUACUUGACUUGCUCUACUACAAAAAACAUAUUUUUUAAGCAGCAAAGUCUCCUGGAAAGUCUUACAAUCCCUAUCUCACUGAGAUUUGUAGAAAACCAUUUGUAAGAUCCAUAACUUGUGACCAGGCCCGGACUGGCUAUUGGCAAACAUGACAAAUGCUUGGUGGGACGCGAUGGUCAUAGAGCAAGGCCAACAGGGGAGUUCACAACAUCUUCCUUGCCAGCCAAUGCAGAGCCAGCACUAUCCAAGUACUGGCAUUGUUGUGAGCCUUUACGGGCUGGUACACACUCUGGAUCCACAACCCACCAGAUCCUGUUUAGACAUACACUGCACAACCUACACUCACUACAUUACAGACACACACACACACACACACACACAAACACUGGAUCCUCUAUGCACACUAGAUCCCAUUUAGACACACACUGCACAAUCUACACACACACUAGAUCUCCUAUACAGACUCUGGAUCAAUUAGACAAGCUAGAUCCCCUUUAGACCUACACUGCACCACCAAAGCACACACUAAAUCACAUAUACACACUCUGGAUUACCCACACACAUCCCCUAUAGACACAGACUGCAACACCUACACACACUACAUUCCUGACAUACACACAUCACCUAUACACACUCUGGAUCCCCUAUGCACACACUAGAUCAACUGUAUUCAAACACACACUACAUUAUCUAAAUACACACUUUCUACAGCCCUUACACACACUGCAUUACCUAUACACACAUACCUAUACACACACACACUUUCUCAAUCUCUACAGCCUCUAGCCACAUAAAUUACACCACAAACACAGCAGAAGAGAAACUGACCAAUUUACACACACCACAGCACAAUCAGCUCACUCUACACACAAUGAAUCGCCCAAGCAGCCUCCAAAUAAAUGCAACAUAUGUUUUCCUGGCCCUUUUGUCCAUUGGUAUCCCACUUAUGGAGACACCAGAGACAAGUCACAAGCAAGCACAGCGCAAGCACGUCAUGAAAGUUACCCAGGUAAAAAAGAUCUAAACACAAGCAAAUAGAAAUAAUUUAAUAAGAUUGAAUUGUAUUAAAUUAUGCAUUUAUUUUGCUUCAAUUUAUAUUGUGUAAAAAAUUUAGACCAUGCUCUAAGUUAAAUACGAUAAUAAAUGUCCCAAUCUUAUAGGAGAUUUUUAAAACAUGCUUACGUGAUAUGAAUAAAAGAUGGAAAGAAUUUAACUAAAUUCUUAAUUAAAUUAUAAGAAAGUCAGGCAAAUCUACCCUUUUUCAAUUAAAAAUGUAAAACUAUAUGCUUCUACAAAUGUCCCUGUUAAUCCACCCUUCUUUCACUCUUCCCUGCCUUGUAUACUUUCACUCCAUCCCUUAUCAUUCAUGCAACGGCAUUUUUCUAUUUAUAUCACAUUUAGCAUUAACGUUUUUAUGAGAAAUGCAUUUUUCCUGUAGUAUUUUUAAAGACAUUCAGCUUUUUUCCUAAUACGACAUAUGAUAUUGGUAUUUACAGGAAAUGCUGGAAACGUGCUCAUCCGUAAAAUCAUUAAAACGUACCCUAGUGCAGAAGCCCUCACUCAUCUGUAUGAGAAGGCACUUCUCCAUUACAGAAGAAGUGAUUUUCAAAGUACCUGGAAGUCUGAGUGAGUAUUAGGGCAUAUAAUCUGAAACUUUGUUAAUUAUAACAGUGUUUUUUUGUUUGUUUGUUUUGUUUUUUUUUGCUUUAUUGUUGUUGUUUUGCUGUGCACAGUUAGGAAACCCGCCUCAAUGUCAAGACUAUUUACAAAAGUGAGAACAGUGAGAAAUAGAAAGUUAAUUUCAAAUGUAAAGCCAGAUUAACUGAACUGUAACAAUUUUCUCUGAACUAUCUUUGAAUUCCUGACAAUUUCUUUGCACAAUUUAGACAUUGUUCAUGCCAUUCAACAAUGUCUGCAUUUUUUGCUACGCAGUUCGCAAAUGAGCCUGAAUUUGGUUUUUCUGAUAUAAGCCAGACCAAACACCAAACAGACUGCUGAAAUCCAGACAUGAAUACUCCAAAUCCCAUGCCGAAUGCUUUAAAUCCAAUGCUGAAUGCUUCAAAUCUGACCCUGGAUUAAAAAAAAAAAAUCAAAACUGCUUGCAUGCUGGUAUUGCUAGCAGUCGGCAGAUGAAUAGUUAAAAACCCUUGCUAGACAGCCGCCACAUUAAAAAAAUCAAAAUAAAUAAUUAAAAGGCCUAGGUCAGGGGUUCUCAAUGUUAGUCCUCAGGACCCCCUACCAGUCCAUGGUUUAGGGAUUACCUGGGUGUGUCUAAGGUGUUUAGAAAAAGGGGGGAAAAAACACCUUAGAGUCUAAGGUGUUUUUUUCCCUUUUUGUAAACACCUGAGACACACCCAGGUAAUCCCCAAAUCCUGGACUGGUAGGGGGUCCUGAGGACUGGGUUGAGAACCCCUGGCCUAGGUGGUUCAACAAGACCCCCAUAUUAGUUUUUUUUAUAAUUCUUUAUUAAUGCUGUGCACAGCGAUAUAACAAGUUAGCUUGCAGUGCCCCAACAGCACACGUUAGUAAACAAGGUAAAACAAAGCAUUACAUUGGUUGGCAUUGCGUAGAUUCUGCACUCUUUAGUUACAUCUUUGUCAGACUAAGCACAUGGUUAGGCAAAAAUAAGCAAGCUAUAUUGUAAAUGAGUGAUAUUGCAUAAGUAAUAUUUAGAUUGAGCAUACUAACAAUCUGCAGCUUAUCUUUUAAAGAAAACAAGCUUGAAUUAAGCAUUUCUAGAUCUAUCGAUUAGUAUUAAAAGGAAGAUAAAAACAAGAGAGGACAAGCUAACAUGUUCAGUCAAAUAACAAGGUGUAGAUGACUACGGGUCAAAGAUCAAAUAACUAGCACAGCACUGUAGGAAGAUAGCCAAGCACAAAUGCAUGUUGUAACAAGGAUGAUAGCUCAUUAUCUAAAUGAAUAAACAUGUCCUCGCUAAAAGUGCCACUGGGUUAGGUUUAGUAAUGAAAGAUAGUAAUAUUAAAAAAAAAAAAAGAAAUCAGAGAUCCGAACUAAAUAAAUGUUAGGAAUAUGUCAUGUAGCCAUCAGCUUCGGUCAACCAAUGCUACAGGUGGGUCACGACAUAAAGUCCGGCACCCAGCCAGGAGUGAUCUCCAAGUGGGCUCCCUGCUCAAAAGAGGAAAGAGUAGCUGAGGCAGCUCUUGGGAUCGGCUUUGCAGCUGAGGGAGCAGGUGAGUGGGCUCUGCGGGCAAUUCUGUCCCAGUGUCACGUAUUCAUCCACUUAUAAAAAUGUGGUUAAUGGCAUUUACUGUCCACACAGGAAAAGUUGUGCCGAGCAGCAACCAAAUGCACAGAAGGGUUAAUGCUGAGCAGCAAUUAUGCAAAUGGGAACCUGGUAACUGCCUUUGGGGUCAAAGGUCGGUUACAGCCUAUCAGAUCUAGAGGAGGGGUAUUUAGGCCCAGUUUUCAUCCUGCUCAGUGCCCUGUCGUGGUUUCCCUUGUGGUUGUCCGAGAGGGUGUUAUUGAUUCUGGUUAUUCAAGUUUGGCAUUGUUUUUGACUUCCCUGUUUUCUGGCAUCCCUGACUCCUGGUUUUUCCUUAUCGUUGUGUCUCUUAAUGUAUCCCUUGACCACGGCUAUUCCUGACUAUUCUUUGGUACGUUAGUCCGGCCAUUCUAAGGUUCGGUAUACGUUACCUAUCAGUCCUCUGUGUUACACAAUUCUACGUGCUGGAUCAUACUGUAAUCUUGACAUUACAACAUGGCCAUAGAUCCUGUAGAAUUGUGUAAGCUUUUCACUGCUUGUGAAAGGAAACUGGAGGAUAAUAAUCACGCAUGGAUCAAUUUGCCCAGGCCUUCAGUACGCUUCUUACCCGAACAGCGCAUUUGCAACCUGCGGCCUCACCUCCACAUUGUCUACCUCCAGCUAUAGUACACAAGGCACCUACUAUCUCGCUAUCUCCUCCCCUGCAUUUUGAUGGUAAUAUUCAAGAAUGCCGGUGAUUUAUUAACCAAAUGGAGUAUCAUUUUGAGGCCUCACCGGGAUCUUUUCCCACAGACAGAGCUAAAAUUGGUUAUCUAAUGAAUCAAUUAAAAGGUAAAGCUUUAGCUUGGGCCAAUCCAUUAUGGGAGAGUAAUAGAAGUGUGGCACACAAUUACCAGGAGUUCCUUACGGAAUUCAAACUUACGUUUGAACCUUUAGGCAGAGAGGAUGACGUCUCUACUGCCCUGAUGCACAUCAGACAAGGGAACCAGUCUAUCUCGGAAUAUGCCAUAGAAUUUCGUACCCUAGCUUCCGAGGUAGACUGGACUAAUAGUGGGUUAAUCUCUGCAUUUAAAAAGGGAUUAUCUGAAACUAUGCUAGAUAAGAUUGCCGCCAAAGACCCAAAAAGCUUAAUGGAUUUAUCACUCUUGUCAUGCAGAUUGAUAAUAGAUUAAGAACCAGAGAAGCUACUAGAAGCAAGACCAGACGCAUGAGUAUGCAUUUAGCACCCUGUUUCUCCAGACCUAUUGUCCCUGAAAAUUCUGUAUAGUCCGAACCCGAACCCAUGCAGUUGGGGGUCACUAGAUUGUCGGAAGCAGAAAGACAAUAUAGGAGAAAAGAAGGCCUAUGUCUAUACUGCGGUAGGAAGGGACAUAUGAGAAACAAUUUUCCCAUACAUCCGGAAAACUACCGCACCUAAGCACCUUAAAGGGACAGGUUUUAGGUGUAAUGGAAACGUCCUCUGAAAAGAAUAAAAAUAGGUUUCUCCUUGACAUUUCUAUCGCCUUUGACAAAAAUAACUUUUCAUGCAAAGCCCUGAUGGAUUCAGGUGCUGCUGGAAACUUCAUCAAUAUUCAAUUUGUCAAAGGUAAUACUAUACCUAUCAAAGAGAGACUAUCACCCCUAGCUGUUGAAGCUAUUGAUGGGAGACCACUCCCAUUGGUGCAUUACAUAAGGAAGAGAUUACAUUUCAGGUGAUUGCAUCUCCUUCUUGUCCUAUUAUAUUAGGAUUCCCAUGGCUUAGCAAGUGUAACCCUCAUAUUGACUGGGCUAAUGGGGAAAUAUUAGAAUGGGGUAAGGAUUGUCACCAAAAGAGUAGGCACUAUUGAAUUACCCACUAGUACACCUCAAAUCCAGAGAUCCCUAUACAAUACCAAGACAUUAAAGAAGUAUUCAGCAAGACUUAGUCUAAUACUCUACCUCCUCACAGACCAUAUGACUGUUCCAUGAACUUAAUACCAGGUGCUAUGCCACCUAAGGGAGCAGUCUAUGCUAUAUCUCCUCAGGAAAGUAGUGUAAUGGAGGAAUAUAUUAAAGAUUCAUUGAACAAAGGCCAUAUAUGAAAAUCAUCCUCGCCUGCAGGUGCAGGAUUCUUUUUUGUAUCUAAAAAGCAUGGUGAGUUGCGGUCAUUGAAUCGAUUACAGGGCAUUGAACAAAAUCACCAUUAAGAACGCCUACCCCAUUCCUCUUAUUGCUGAAUUAUUUGACAGACUCCAGGGCGCUAAAGUGUUUACUAAGCUUGACCUUAGAAGCGCUUACAAUUUAGUGAGAAUCAAGGAAAACUACGAGUGGAAGACUGCAUUCAAUACCAGAAGUGGACACUAUGAAUAUCAAGUGAUGCCAUUAGGGUUGUGCAAUGCUCCAGCGGUUUUCCAAGAUUUAAUUAACGAUGUACUCAGGGAUUACAUUUACUAAUUUGUCUUGGUCUAUCUGGAUGAUAUCCUUAUUUAUUCUCCUGACCACCAGUCUCACCACGAUCAUGUUAAACAAGUUCUGCAAAUUGGAAAAAUGUAUCUUUGACCAGUCUGAAGUACAGUUUUUAGGAUAUAAGAUUUCUGCCUCUGGGUUUCAGAUGGAUCCUAAAAAACUAGAGUCUGUUCUACAGUGGCCUUUACCCACUGGGUUGAAAGCCAUUCAAAGGUUCAUUGGUUUUGCCAAUUAUUACACAAGAUUUAUAAAAGGAUUUUCUUCAGUAAUAGCCCCCAUCACCAAUAUGACACGCAAGGGGGCUAGUAGUACGAUAUGGUCUAAGGAGGCAAUUGAAGCCUUUGAACCUCUCAAACAGCAGUUUGCCUCAGCCGACAUAUUGAUACAUCCUGACACCAGCAAGCCUUUCAUACUGGAGGUUGAUGCUUCAGAGACAGGGGUAGGGGCAGUUCUCUCCCAGAGGGAGAACCAGGAAACUCUGUUACAUCCUUAUGGUUACUUUUCUAGAAAGUUGUCUCCUGCUGAGCGCAAUUACGAUAUUGGCAAUAGAGAAUUGCUGGCCAUUAUUCUAGCUCUCAAGGAGUGGCGACAUCUUCUAGAGGGUUCCAAGGACCCCCUUUUGAUCAUUACUGAUCACAAAAACCUGGCUUACAUAGGAGAUGCUAAGCGAUUAUCUUCUAGACAAGCUAGGUGGUCUCUAUUUCUUUCUCGCUUUAAUUUUCUUAUCACCUACAGAUCUGGUUCUAAAAAUGUCAAGGCUGACGCCUUGUCUAGGCAGUUUGAUACUGAGGCUAUACUAGUGUAACGGAUCACCUGGCACCCCGACUGGGUACCUCCGUUGAUGGUUGCUCCUAGUGCUUCUGAAGGAUUCCAAGCACUCUAGCCUACACCACAACCACCGCAGGCCGAAUCUCUCUUCCUUCAGAGCGAAGCAGGAACGAGCUCUUAAAAGAGCUUAGGAGCAAUUACAGCAAGGGAAUAUGCAGAGCAUAGCAAUCCCUUCUAGCAGAUUCCCCCAAUAAGAGACAGGACUCCAAAUUGAGGGUGAAGUAGAACUGUCUAAAACUUUAUUUCUCUACAUUUAGAAUUAGCUUCAGGUGUGUUCUUUGUACAUAAUUACUCAUAUGUCUACAUAUGAUGUAAUUUCUCUCUUAUUUUGUAUAUCUUGGAAAAGAACCAACAAGAGGAAGGAUAAGGAAAGUGGGAAUCAUAGAACACGGAUCGAAAUUCAUAAGUUUGAAAUCUGCUUACAAAACUCUUAUCAGCUUCACCUACGUACGGAAUGGCAGUGGUUUAGCAAGAAGAUGAUAGAAUGCUCACAUUUUGCUUAUUUCUUUCUUAAUUGAUUCAUUUUAUGUACAGAGUCAGUUUUUCCUUUUGUCUAUCUUUCAGGAAUUCAUCCAUUUUUGUGGAGUAAAGAGGAUGUCAUCCAUUGGCUAAGAUGGGCCGAGGAAGAAUAUUCAUUGCAGAGGACUGAUGAUAGCAAGUUUGUAAUGAAUGGAAGGGGCCUCUGCAUCCUUACAAAGAGUGAUUUUAAGAACCGAUCUCCAAGUUCAGGUUGGACAUAGAAUAGCAAUUUUUAUUUGCAAUAUUCAAGGGACACUGCAAGCACCAUAACCACUACAUCACGCUGUAGUGGUUAUGGUGCCAGGGUACCUUACUGUCACAAUAUUGUAAGUAGUCAAACUAUUUUAGAAUGGUUAUACUGAUUAGCUGGGGUGCAUCGGGAACUGCUUAAAUAGAGAAGUAGUAUUUUUUUAUUUAGUAGUAUUUAUUUAGUUGUAGACAUUUCAUAUUAUCAAUUGUGGCAAUGUAUGUUGUGAUAUGUCUUAUAAUCAGGCAUGUGGAGGUUAUAGCAAAAACUUUGCUUGUCAAACUAAACAAGCAAGGUUUUUGCUAUAACCUCCACUUCCCAAUAUUUUAUUGGGAGGAUGCAGAGGGAUCGGUUAGUCUCAUUAGUUUCAAGCUGUGGUACAAUAUAUAUAUUCUGUCUGUUGGGAUUUCACAAAAGGUACCCUAGUAAGCAGCAAUUACUGUGGCUCUAUGCCAUGGAUUUGGGAACAAUAUUAUCUAAGAUAUAUCAGCAUUACGGUUAAUCUUACAGCACUUUCACUUUUUAUUACUCACAUCAAAUCACUGAAAUCACUCGUAUGUCAAUACUUAUCUUGAUACAAAUAUUUACACUGCGUUCUUGAAGUCCAUAUAUGUAUUUUGUUCUCAUGCCAUAUCUUUGUGUGUUUUUGUUAGAUACACAGACUUGCCAAUGUUGUAGUUUUUACCCCAGAACAACAGAAUUAUCCCAAACGUGUAUUUGUGUGUAUUUUAAAUGCACUUCUCAUGUCUUGUAGAAGAAAUAAAUAUGAGUGUUAAAGUUUUGUUUUCAUUGUAGGGGAUGUUUUGUAUGAAUUAUUAUCAUGCAUCAAAACACACAGAAAAUCACUGUUAAGUCAUCCAUUCUUCAGGCAUUCAAUGAGACAAAUGGACCAAGAGAAAAUAAAUGUGUGCAUUAAUAGCAGUAAGUAUUAAAAUUAACGUGAGCACCAUGCAAGUUUAAGAUCAUGCUAAAGUCUAUAUUUGUGACCUCUUGAGUUAGUAGUGGAAGAUUACCUGUUGAGGACCGAAAUGUUGAUCUGUUAAUGGAAUAAUACUUUUACAAAUAUUUCUAAGACCUCCUUCUAUGGAUUAUACACUGGGAUGGAGAUAGCACAUUUGGCAAACACAAAUUGAAGCAUUGAGAGUGUGCACUGUGGAGUUAUAUAUGUAUAUACAUCCUGCACAUUGCUUUGAUUAGAAGUAAUUUCACAUGCUAUGUUCUACUAGCCACAAUGUUUGGAAGCACGAGUGUCUAGUGAAAUAGUAGUCUCUUAAACAAUUACAUAUUGUAUCUAUCUAAAUUAUAAAAAAAAAAAAAAAAAACAGCACAUAUCUUACACAGGUUAUAUACAACAGGGCAAUUCUCUAAUUUGAAUAUUUCAAACAGAAAUUAUCUUUAAAAACCAAAUAUAUAAUUAUUUACAGUUGAAGAGUUUAUUACUGAAAUAUAUAUAUUUUUUUGUCACUCUCACACAAUCUAAGCUACUUAUGAAAUGCUACACUUUAAUACAUGGAUGUUUCCCUUUAAAAAACAGUCCAAUAUGCUUGAUUGAAGGUGUCCGGGCUCUCACAGCUCAGGAAUAGGUCAAAGCAAUCAGUGCUUUUACAACCACGUAGAGGCCCACCAAUACCUGGUAUACCAGAAGUACCUUUCUCUGGAGAAGGUCCAUAAGAUGUUCCCCUCGAUAUCGCCACUAUGUUGGAAGAGUCAAUCUACGCAACAUGAUGCACAUAUGGUGGAGCUGUGCAACACUUCAGCCAAUCUGGUCACGGUUGUUUAGUGUUAUUUGCCCCCUGUGCUCUACCCACUAUUCUAACUCCUUGGAGGUUUCUCCUUGUCUACACAUGGACAAAACUAUAGCUUUCUCAGAUAGGGUAUUAGCAACCAAUAUUAUAUUAACAGCUAGAUAUAUUGCCUCUAACUGGAAAAACUCAAAGCUAUCCAAGAGUUAUUGGAGAAUAUACAUGCCAAUAAUACAUAUGAAGAGUUGGCAGUACUUACCCUCAGACAACGGGGUCUUUUUGACCUUCUUAUACAAAACACACAACCUUACACACCUUGAGGGGUGGAAGAACUUUAAUUCUAGCACGCCACGUUUUAAAUAAACAUAUGCUUUGGUCCCUAAUGCCUGAGAUGUGAGUUCCUGUGUCCAGUAUGCAUCAUGUCCUUGCUAAAAGGAGUUUUCAACUGUAUUACAUUGGAUGUAACUGCUGUUGUACACACUGGCAAAUGUGAAUUGUAACCUAAGUCAUGCAUUGUUUUAUAUGCAAAAUAUGCCUUUGGAUGCUUCUUUGCUGUAUUGUCUUUGUUUAUGUAUUAUGUUUUUCCCUAAUCCCCUUUUUAUUUUCUGUUUCAAUAAAUCUAUAAAAUGUGUCACUGAAAUUAAAUUUAAAGAUAAAAGUGCACACACCUGGAGAGAGUUGCUUAAAGAGGGCAACCAACAUCCCAAAUAUGUAGGGAAGGGCUGGCAGCCUCAGGCCUGGUGUCACGUCCUGUUCCUUCUGUGGAUCAUUUCUGGCGAUGGCUUCUGGUAUCCAGUACUCUUUUUUUCAAUUCUUGUUUAAUUUUUCUUGUUUUUUCUGGUUUUCUAUUCUGUCUGGUUUUCUUUAUGCUGGGUUUUCUGGGUUCAUUCCUGUAUUCCGUUCCUGGAAUUCCCAGUCUCUUGGAUUCCUUUAAAUGUUUGUUUUUUGUUGCCACACCCGUUCCUUUUCCAUUAAUCCUUUUUGUUUCAGUUUGGCCCUGCAGGCAGUGUUUUCAUUUUCUCUGCUCAUUCCUUUGCAGGUAAGUGCUGUGUGUGUUUUAUUAUUGUUUAUUUAGUCAUGCAUAUUUAGGCAGUUAGGACCGUAAUUGGAGUACUUUGGCGCAGUGGUGGGCUGCAUACAUCUUGGCCAUUUAUGUAUGUCUAAAUCUCCAAUGUUUAUUACACAUAUUAGUACUUAGUUAUGUGUUCUUUUGUUUCGCCUUGUAUCUCGUCUUGUUUUAUUUUGUCUUCCCAGUUCCCAGUUCCCAUCCAUGCCUUGUUCUGGUUUCCCUCAUGUCUUGUGUUCAUGUUCUGGACUCUGCUUUCUGUCCUUCUCCGGUUCUGGGUUAGUCUAAUCUAGUCUUGUCUUAUCUUGUUUGGUGCCUGUUCUAGUCUUGCCUUGUUUCUAGUACUGGAUACAUGUCUGCUGCAGAGCCUCCAUGUCCAGAUCCUGGGAGGUCUGCAUAGUUUCUCCUAGUUCCUGGGAUCCGCAGAAGCUGCAUCAGGGCCCUGGUAUGUUGGCGCACAAACCCUGGUGCUCAACACCAGGGGUUGUGUGGUUGCCCUGCACCAGGCCUGAUUGUUCAUUUCCACAAGGUUAACUCCUAUCAUCAUCAGGCACACAGUGAUCCCGGUCUAUGUACCACCACCCGUGACACCUGGGUGGAAAAUCCAGUCAAGUGGCCCACUGCACCACCGAUUCAGCUCACCAUCCAUGCCCACCUUUUCCUGGUUUUAUAACGGAUAUUGAUGUUAUGCAAAUUAGUAGCUCUUUGCUAUACCCACUCCUUCGUGGCUCUGACUUUCAAUGUUGUCAGAGCGCAGGCUGAGAAUCUCCGAGCCUGUGCUCUGACUCACUAACUGAGCACUGGAACUACAAGGUAGAGGAUAUGAUCUGACUGCACCUACUGCUGUGGACCACCAGGGAAUUGUUUAAAUUGAAUAUGCUGGUGUCCCCAACUUGCGAGUUGUUUUGGCCGCCGGGCGCCUCCGUUGUCGUGGCGCCCUGCGUGACCGCACAGCCCAAAGGCUGGCCCUGCUGACAGACACACUGGCACUCACUCUCAAUAACACACAAACCCUGACACACACACACUCACUGAAAGGCAGACACACACAUUAUUACUUUGCAUAUAAUUGCUUUAUUUUGCAACUAGUGAAUUAAUAGCUACCAAACUACUAUGCAUAUCUAGUGGAGUUCUAUGUCUGGUAUUCUCUAGUUAGAUGAGCAAAUGUAAAAUUGUGCAGUAUUCUCGACAUGUACUUUUAUAUUUCUACCUUUUAUGUUUAUAUGGUUAUGAUGAAAUGUGAUUACCUGUCAGUGUUGUUAUCACAAACUACAAAAAAUACAAAAAAAAACAAAAACUGUGAAAACAAAGAAAUUGUUCUAACAAGAAAAGUGACUCCCUUGAUCGAAAUCCGAUAUUGAGAGAUAAGAACGCAAGAUAAUCUAGCCAAAAUAUCCAAUACAUUGAUGUCCAUUAAGAUCAUAUUAAAAUCACUACUGAAUGAGUAUAUACCUCCCUCAGGUGCAGCAACAAGUCAUACGAGCAAUAUAACUACAAUGUUAUCAUCAAUCAGUGAUAUAAAUCACUAUCAAGAUGGACCUCUUAACCUAUCAAAUAGAGUACGCAAAGACCAGGAUGAAGAAAUUGUAUGCUACAUGGAAAAUGUGGAUCAUGACAAUGGCUCAAAAUCAGGUAAACCAUGGGAUUGAAUGAGAUAUAGUCAAUAAACAGGUUAUUGUUAUUUCUGGAGAGUACUAUGUACUUGAUGGCCCUAUUGCGUAAAACCACACCUUGAACUUUCUAUAAAAAUAAUAUGAAUGCUAAAUGUAAAAGUUUUAUUAAAAUACAAGAUACCCAACUAGAGAUGCCAGCUGGUCGAAUUCCACUAGAUCGUGACAAGAUUGAUCUAUAACACUUUAUUCGUGUUUUUAUUACACCCAGUUCAUGCUGGCUAGAACCCACAACAGUCAACCUCUAGCUGUAACAAUAACAUAAAGAGCACAAACAAAGACACAGAUCACCAUAACCUGCAGGCUGCUGCUAUAAUAUGGUGAGUGGCAGAUAAAACUAGGUUAACUAAGCAUUCCCCAUAACAGUUUUGUUGGCAGAACAAUUGUUGUCUCUCUACGAGCAGGACAUGUACAACUAACUUGUAUGUUCAGUCAAAUCUGGUUAUUUAGGCACUAAACAUCUUCUGCUGCAUAUGGAUCCCAAAUGGACAAAACUGUUCUAAAGGGACACUUCACUGCUCAAAUACAAAAUAAAUAAAAAAUCACUGUUCAAUAAAUAUAUGCCAAAUGUAAACUUGUCUGCAUUUAACUGUGUAUUUUUUCAUUGGGGGUAUACAUAAAAACAGAUUUCCUAAUGCAGCUCAAUGAGAAGGCAGGUGCUCUGGGCAAUUGCUGUCUCUUGAGUUUAGCUUCACUGAGCUAACAAAACCAGGAAGUAGUAUUACCUGUUGUCUACUUGAAAGCCAAGAGAGUGUAACCAGGUUAAUUUCUAAAAGUGUCAGUUUCUACUGAAAUAUGCACAUUUAGCAAAAUGAAAAAAAGGAGGACACACUUUUCACACAUAAAGCUUUUCAGCAAACUAAAGUGCUUUAGGGGUCUGGAGUGGCCCUUUACAUUAAAGGGACACUAUAGUCACUGUGACAAACUCCCCUCUACAAGUGAGUUUGCCACAAGCUCCUGGAGGAGCCUGCUUGUCAGCCUCCUGCAGUGAAACCUGUAAAAGACUACCAAACUUGACCGACUGUUAGCACGGAUUUCCCUGGAACUGUUUUGGGCACAGGACCAUGUGCAUGGUCGGUCAAAAUUAUGACUUCCAGGAAAUUCCUGAACCCCUGAACCGAUCUGCGUGAUUUUUGGAUAUGUAUCUCUUAUGGGGUUUUAUGUGGUUUUAAGGUACUUUUUCGGGUUUCAUAAAAUUGUAUGUUUUUCUGUGCUUGGGAAUAAUUCCCCAUUCAGGGGCCCCAGUCAAGCCACGGCGACUGUGGGCAGAAGUGCUGCGGUUUGUCGCUGUUCCAGCUAGGAAGCAGUCCUUGGCGGAGGUACCCAGCCGGGGUACAGGGAGUUCUGCUACAGUCAGGGCCGGCCUUAGGCCUUUAGGCGCCCUGUGUGAAACAUCUUCGCAGUGUUCCCCCUCCCCUGUCAGCCAUGUAUAGUGUGUGUAUAGAAGUGUAGUGAUUGUAUAGGGGAUUUAUUAAAUUAAUAAUGGCUUAAAAAUAAAUAUUCAUUACACACACAGAGUUACAGGCAGACAGUCACACACACACACACACACACAGUUACAGGCAGACAAUUACAAACACACACAGGUACAGAUGGACUGUCACGUACAUACAGCCACAUAUACAGUGUCACACAUAUACCGUUACAUGCAGACAGUCACACACACAGGCAGACAGCCAUAGACACAGACAGCCACGCACACAGGCAGACAGGCACACACAUACACACACACACAGGCAGACAGUGUUAUGCUACUUGAGUUUUUAGAAUUGGAACUCAACUGCAGCUUGUAGAACUCCUUAAUUACAAUAGUGAAGAAACUGAGAAUCUUUAAAUUAUCAAUACUGUAGCUUUAAGAAAAGAGAGGAUUGCUGGCAAUUAAAGAAUCAAACGAAGUUUUAAUGAUUGUGAAAAGCAUAUAGGUAAUAAUUCAAUAAGAAAUUGAUGGCUAUAGCAAACAAUACAAAGUUCAUCAAUAAGUAUUUCCUCAGAGAUGUAUUGAAUAAUAUUCUUUAGGUUCAUAGGAAUAAUCUUCAAUAGAAAUAGUAUGCAGGUAGCAGAGAAUAUUUGCAAAGCAAGAAACAGUUCAUACUGGUUAAGCUUGAUGGGAGUUAUCCUCAAUAUAAUUAGUGUGUAUUCAGCAGAGAGGAUUUGAGCAAGCAAGAAACAGUUCAUUAAUAACUGAGAUUCCAGAUAAUAGAUUGGAAGUUAUACUUAAGAUUAAUGUGAGUUGUCCUCCAAGAGAUCAGUAUUAGAGUCCACUUGUUAAAUGGUACAGUGUCCGUUCUCCAGUAAUCCUCUAGCAGAUGAAGCAUAAUCCUUUUAUCUUCAAAGGUUUAGGAAGGCUUGUGAGAGAAGCUUGUGGAGCCAGGAACAUAAACAUGUAUUCCUAACCCUAUAGUGUUAAAAUCACUAUGUAGCCCUCCUGUCCCCCUACAUAUAGCAAAAUCUUACCUUUAUUACAGCCUGCUCAUGCUGACUCUGCCCCAGAUCUGCUUCCUUUGUUGACCUUAUUAGAAGUGAUGAUCUCAGCAAUCCCAAUGCUUUCCCAUAGGAAAGCAUUGGACUGACUGAGAUUGUCAAUUCUGAUUAUCUCAGCCAAGUAGGUGGGCCAGGGGCAGAGCCAAAUGCCACCCUGGCCAAUCAGAUAGAGAUACACACACUGACACAUGCAGAUACAUAUAAAAUCACUGACACACAUACAGAUAGAGACACAGAAAUACAAACACUGAAAUACAUGCAGAUGUAUGUGUGCAUCUGUGUAUCUGCAUAUGGGUCACUACGUGUAUCAAACACUGACACACUUACAGAUGCAAAUUUAAAUGAUUUAAAAAGGGGACUUAUGAGUUCAAGGAUUACAUGCAGUUUGAAAAAGACCCGUGAGGGGUUGAAACGCGUUAGCAGGGCCGGACUGGCCCACCGGGAUACCGGGAAAUUUCCCGGUGGGCCGUCAGCACCUGGGACGGGGAGACAUUUGGGUGACCUGCGGCCGCAGGGAGAGCUUGGAUGGCGGCCGCAGGGAGAAUUUGGAUGGCGGCCACAGGGGGAGCUCUUCUGGCGGCCGCAGGGGGAGCAGGCUGUUCUGUCUCUGCUCCCCCGCCCUAGCGUUUGUUUGCGCUCACAUGGAUGCACUAAGCAGGCUAGAUACUGAGCCAUGGGCAGCAGAAAAGAAGUGUCAAAGGACCAUAACAAAGUAAUGGAACUUUGAAAAGAAUAUAAAAAGAUAUCAAAAGCCUUGACAAUGCCAGUCAGACUUUUGAACAGGGGCCAUUUUAUUUUUUUACUUUGUUGCCACAUUUUGUUUUAAGAUUGUGCCAUUUUGUUAAAACCUACAGUUGAAUAUGAACCUCAUAAGAAAUAAAAGAAAUGUGUUUUUUCCUGCUAACUCGUGUUUUCUUUAAAAAUGGUACAUAUGAGGGGGGCGUGGCUACCGCCAGACAAGAUGGACGCAUAAUCCUUCUCUCCGGCACAAGGGCUGUAAUCUAAUACCAUCUUCUCACACAGAACCGCUUUCAACCCUUCUCACCCGACAUGGCGCAACACAAAGCGAAGAAAAAUGCGACCAGAGCAGACAAGCUCACUUUCUUUGCUCAAAAAACGCCACAAACUCCUACAGGCCUGUUCCCCCUUAGCCAAGAUGGCGCAGAUGGCGCCGAGGAGGAAGGUUAAUCACACGACCAGAUACAGGCCGACGACACCCUGACAAAGAGACACCUGACCCGGGCGCUAGAACCCCUCUCAAACAAGCUCAUUGAAUCAUGGCAACAUUCUAUUGAUGCACUCCGCAGAGACAUUCAAGAUAUUGGCGGGCGCACUUCGCACCUCGAAUCCAAAAUGGAUUAAGUGGCGGUGGCUCAUAAUGAUCUGGCGGUGCAUGUGGAGUCCCUGGAAGAUAGAUUGGCACUUACCAAAUCUCGACUGGCGGAUAUAGAAGACAGGGCGCGGCGGAAUAAUUUGAGGAUACGAGGUGUUCCGGAGUCAGUUCAGCCGGCAGAUCUACAAGCGUAUGUGAGGGGCCUUCUCAGCGCGUAUGCGCCGGAGGUCCCGUCGGAUAUGCUGUUGCUCGACAGAGUUCACCGACUUCCCCGCCCGAGGCACUUGUCUGACUCCUCACCCAGGGAUAUCCUACUACGCGCCCACUAUUUCCACAUUAAGGAGCACAUCCUUCAUGCUAGCAGGCGCUUACCCAACCCUCCAGAGGGCUACUCGGACGUGCAGAUCUACCCUGACAUAUCAGCUGCCACUCUCCACAGGAGGAAGGACUUCGCGAGGAUCACCACGGCUCUCCGCGACAACGGACUGAAGUAUAGAUGGGGAUACCCCACGAAAAUCCUGGUAUCAAAAGAGGGGAAGCUGCAGCCAAUCCUUUCUCCAGAAGAAGGUGCAACUCGGCUGAAGGAGUGGGGCAUCACUCUUCUAACAGAGCAGAGUAAAUCCUCGGUCCCGAGCAAGCUUAAACUGGACUGGCAGAAAAACCAGGGCGGUCAUUAACCCUCUCUCUUAGCGGCAUGUUGGGACACGCAAGUAUAGACUGGCUCAUGUAUCCAAUAGACUGGCACACUAUGUAUGCAUAGACUAAUAUGGCAGCGGCACCUUGUUCCCCCCUUUGGGUCUUUCUCCUGGUUUCGGUUCGCGUCCGCGGGGGUCCCGGGGCUUUCCCCCUGUCGCCUCCCCACGAGGGGGGGGGAGGGGGGGACGCGCGGUGUGCCCUGCGGUGGCGGAUGGAGGUCCCGGGUGCUGGCCGGUAGCUGUCCUUGGUGCUUGCCUGCUCCUUUCCCCGGGCAGGGGGGCUUGCUGAGUGGGUUCCUGCGCUGGGGGGGUGGCGGGUGGGGGAUUGGAGGGGUGCCAGGGGUGCCCGCGGGCUGCAGGGUGGUGGGGAUGGGGGAGCCAUACAGCGCAAUACUGAAAAGCCUAAAAUCCCUAAAUGUAAGGGAAGAAUGAGGAGAAAAAAAAGCCAACACUAUAUAUAUAUAGCUAGUCACAAAUUCCCAGAGACUGGGGUCGCACCAUUGCAGCCUUGCGUGAGCCCACUAGUUGUUUCCUAUGGGUUUUUAGCUCCAAUAGCAGGUUCAACCAUGCUGUGUUAACUCAAAAAAAAAAAAGUUCUAACAGGUUCUGUUCAACAUCAAAGCUACUUCCAGCCCACACGCCACACCACUGGAGACUAACGUUUCCCCUUCGUGCAGGGGCUUUGUAUAUAUUCCCACUAUCCCCCACCCUCCUCCCACACCCAAGUUUCGCAUCCUGUGUCCGAGGCAUAGCUACCCAUCACCACAUCACUUUAAACAUGCUUCUUCCGAGACAGACCGGGGACACCAAAAAAAAAAAAAGGGGCCCCACGGAAUCAUCAUACAGCUAACACCUGAAAGUACAAACGAUAAAUGCGUGCGGAUUAAAUACCCCGCACAAACGUAGAGUCCUCUUGGACGCUGCCAGAAGAGACCAGGUGGACAUAUUGUGUGUCCAGGAGACUCAUUUCACACACACGAAAAUUCCUUCUUUCGCAAAACAGGAGUAUCCCGUUCAAAACCACUCCACAUACUCCACCAAAUCUCAAUCUUUUUUCAUAAAUCCCUAACAUUUGAGCUACUUCAAUUGAAAAAAGAUCCUCAAGGCAGAUACCUUAUCAUACACUGCACUAUUAAUGACACCCAAUAUACUAUAGCCUUGGUGUACAGCCCCAAUACGAAUCAAAGGAAUUUCUUACACAAGGUCCUAACUAAAAUACCCAGUCCACAACAUCAAAAUCUCAUCUUACGUGGCGAUCUGAAUCAUGUUCUAAACCACCAGCUGGACACAACAAUUCCAGAUCAUACUGGGAGGCAUGCAGCCCUUCGACCCCAGUGCAGGGCCCUAACACGGCUAUUACUUGAAUUCAAUUUGUAUGAUGCGUGGAGAAUGAUACAGCCCCACUCACGAGAAUAAACACACCACUCGCGAGCCCACAAGACUAACUUGCACAUUGAUUAUAUCCUUGUAUCGGCUCCUCUCCUCCCCUCGUUAACAAAUAGUACAAUUGGUGAUUUAACAUGGUCAGACCAUGCACCAGUAUCUCUCUUAAUAAAAGACAAAUUCCGCUACAGGGGUACAUCUCCCUGGAAACUAAACGACAGCAUUCUUCAAGAUCCUUCUUACAAAGAGCACUUAGACAAAGAAUUGAAUUCGUUCUUUGAACUGAACUGCACAGCCAAUGCCCAAAUCCCACACAUAUGGCUAGCUCACAAAGCCGUGAUCAGAGGCCACAUCAUUAGCCGGGCGGCUUUCUUGAAAAAGAGAGCUCAGCAUGAAUAUAUAUCACUACUCAAACAACUUAGAGACCAAACGAGUAUGCAACUCAUCUGCCCGACUAAGGAAGGCCAGGAACACAUAUACCUUCUCAAUAAGCAAAUUAAUGACCUUCUGUUCCAGAAAACGACCCACAUGCUCUCUAAACUUCAAAUGAAACACUAUUCGCAAGGCAACAAGGCCGGAAAAGCCCUGGCAGCCUUAUUAAGACAAAAACAUGUUCGAUCUAAAAUACCAUACUUGCUCACCUCGUCAAGCACUAAACUCACUAAUCCCCAACAUAUAAACACCACCAUAGCGGAUUUCUAUAACACACUUUAUAACUUAGCCGAGGAUGACGAGACGCACCAGCCUACGGACCAGGAGAUCCGAGAUUUCUUGGCCCAGGCUCACCUUCCAAAGCUAACCCCUUCGCAAUGAGAUAUGCUCCAAAACCCGGUCACUAGUGAGGAAAUAGAAGAAGCUAUACGUUCCUUGCCACAGGGCAAAUCACCAGGUCCAGAUGGGUUCACAAACCUAUAUUAUAAGACUUUCACAUCCACCUUAUCUCCGUAUUUGGAGAAACUGUUCAACACUAUUAAAGAGACUGGCCGUAUACCCACAGAAAUGCUACAAGCCCAUAUAGAAAUGCUACAAGCCCAUAUAGUGACACUUCCCAAGCCCGGGAAACCCCCGACGAGACCCCAAAACUUAAGACCUAUAUCACUGUUAAACACUAACACAAAACUACUUUCGAAAAUAUUCGCAAACAGACUCUCUACUAUCAUUCCUUCAGUGAUACACAGAAACCAAGUGGGUUUCGUGAGGGGGAGGCAGGGCUCAGACAGUACUAGGAAACUCCUGGAUUUAAUGCUACGGGCGAGGGCGACGGGAAGACCCAGUGUAUUUCUCUCGCUAGACGCCGAAAAAGCGUUUGACAGAGUGCACUGGGGAUUCCUUAACGCCACGCUACAGGAGUUUGGUUUUCCACCGAACUUUAUGUCACUACUCUCCGCAAUGUAUUCUACGCCAUCGGCACAAGUAACCAAUAGCGGAUUCAGUUCCUCCACCUUUAAUACCACCAACGGGUCCCGUCAGGGAUGUCUAAUGCAAAUUAGAGAAAACACAAAUAUCAAGGGCAUCCAAGUAGGGAAAGAGGAAUAUAAACUCACUAUGUUUGCAGAUGAUAUCAUGCUGUCCCUUGAAUCCCCGAACACGACUCUACCCUUUUUGCACAAUGUCUUGGCUAGAUACAGCGCGUGCUCAUACUAUAAGCUGAACAUCACAAAAACGCAGGCUAUGGGCAUACAUAUACCGUCGAGCGAUAUACAGACACUGAAAAUCAACUUUCCAUAUGACUGGCGAGAUGAUCAGUUAACCUUUUUAGGAGUAGCCUUCACAGCCAAUCCACAUUCUUUACUACACGCAAACUUCACUAAGCUUUUUAACACAAUGAGGGGCCAGGUAUUGGGGUGGAGGGGCAAGCAUGUCUCCUGGUUGGGUCGCAUAGCAGCUGCGAAAAUGAUCCUUUUGCCCAAACUCCAGUAUCUGUUUCGGACCCUUCAUAUCCGCUCCCGGCACAUGUCCUUCGGAAGUUUCAGGCCAUGCUAAAUUCGUUCAUAUGGGACAAUAAAAAAACGAGAAUAGCCGCCUCCGCUCUAUAUAAACCCUUCCAACGUGGAGGCCUUGGGAUCCCACACUUAGAUGCCUAUUAUUCUGCAUCAAUACUUAGCCCACUCAUUAUGGCAUUCCGGCAAGAGCCAUUGCCUGAAUGGAUCGAAUUAGAGGCCGCACACACGGGGGAUAUGACAUAAUCGUUCUCACUUGGGUUCCAUGACACCUUAGACCCCGUUUCAAAGACAUGUUGUCCACAACCAAGCUCACACUGUCCAUUUGGGACAAACACAGAGCCAAAUCAUGGCCGUCACCUCAUCCCUCACCAGCCCUAAAAAUCCUGGCACUCAGGCUACUAAUCCCUCAAUUUAAGGCACAAAAAUGGGUUGCCCAUGGAAUCACAUCCCUACACCACGUGAUCGAAAAUGAUUCAUUGGUCCCAUUCAGACGAGAUACCAAAUACCAAAUACCUUCAACUUCAUGUAUAUGCAAAUACAGUCCUGGUUUCGGAAACACCGCCAUGCGGACAAGACACCCGAACAUGCUAAGCACCUAUCUCCUCUGGAACACUGGUGCACUCACACUAAUCAUGCCCCCAGGCCGCUUUCUUUUUUGUACCACACACUCAUACACAAAUUAUGCACAGCUCACCCUCAUUUCAUACCUGGGAGCGAGAUUGCAAUAUGCGACUGGAGGACUCCCAGUGGGCUAGCAUAUUUAGGGCAAACAGGAAUCUAACGUAUGUUCCACGCAUAUAGUAAUGUCCAGAAAAAUACUAUAUCGAUGGCAUAUCACGCCAGUUAAAUUGAAAGCAUAUCAAUCCUGGUGCCUCCGGAAACUGCUGGAGGUGCCAGGAUUCUCUUGGCACUAGCUUCCACAUUUGGUGGACCUGUUUGAAAAUUAAGCCCUUCUGGCAACAAAUAUCGCAACUUAUAUCGAACGUAGUUAAGCUCUGCCUACCUCUGAAUCCUGUUCAUUAUUUGCUCCAAUUGUUGCCACAUAAGAUGUCCAAACCCACUAAAUAUUUGGUAUACCAUAUACUUCUCCCAGCCCUGAGAACGAUCGGAAAAAAUUGGCAAUCCCCCCACACACCACGUUUACAGCUGUGUAUCAAAUAUAUAGAAGUAUCCAAACGAUACGAAACCAUGGCCAGGGCAGCUACUACUACGGUUCAGAACUUCUGGUCUGAAGCAUGGAACCUGUGGGACCAGUAUAUGGAAAGACAGCUCCGUCUGUCCCGGGACUGCAAAGAGGACUUCAAUGACGAUUCUAAAAAAGAAACAAAUACUUUGUAAAACUUAAAUGAAGCUUGCCUUGACACAAUUCCCCUCCCUGUUUCUUACCUUCCCUCCCCGCUCCCUCUCCCUCACUAUAAAUGGGCACGAGGUUUCCUACCACUUUGAUGUUUUUUCUUAGGAUGAGCCUCUGUACGCUCUUAUUGUCUUAUGAUGCAUAACUUUCUGUUAUCUGUAAUAUGGAGUGAAGCCUCUUGUUUCUUCAAAAAUUGCAACAACAAAAAAAAAAAUGGUACAUAUAUUACCAAUUAUUCAAGGGUACGCAAACUUUUGAGCACAACUGUAAUUAUCCAAGGUAUACUUGUAUCUUUUAAUUUAAUCUAGCCCUAAAAUUCACAAUACACUUCUUUUUAUUACUGAAACAGCACAGAUUUUAAGGAGACAGUAACCGAAAGCUUAAGUAGGCAUACACAGGGGGAUUAACAUAAUCAAAGGUUGGUCGCAGGAACUGCACUCACUCCCAACGGACACGGGUGCUCUGGAACAGGACCAGCAAUCCCAAUACGAUACGGCAAAAAUAAAAAUUCACAGGCACUCCAAAUGUGAAAGCCACAGGCAGAUUUAUUGCAACAAAAUGCACAGCAACAUUUCGACCUAACAAGAGGUCUUUGUCAAGGUAACACCACAUUGUAAAUAAAGUGCAUAAAAUACACAAAAGAUGUAUAUAUACAAAUAAUCAUAUAACAUGUGUAACAAUCACAACAUGAGCUUACCCAUUUGUGCCAUGUAGAGGAGACAGCAAAAAAAUUUAAAAGAAGAAUAUAAGAGAAAAACAUUUAAGAGAAAAAAUGAAAAAAAGAAGAAGAAAAAGAAAAGAGAAAAUAAUAAACAUUAUUUAUUUAUUUAUAAAAUAUUUUACCAGGAAAGAUACAUUGAGAUUUCUCUCGUUUUCAAGUAUGUCCUGGGUAAACAAGUAAGAACGCCUAUCAAAGCGUUCAAAUACACCUCAUUUCCGGAUAAGUGGAACGCAUAUCGGGUUAAUGGAACGCAAGGAAGUGAACUUCCUACAGGCAAGCAUUGAGAAAAAAAUAGUAGCAGUUCGUGUUAAAUUAAAUGAACGGCUUAUCAGAGCAUGCGUACACAUGCACGAAAGGCACUUAGUCUAAUGGCUGAACGUACAAACAGAAUAUAAUUGUAGUACAAUACUGACCGUUCGUAUAAUCAAAUACACGAACGGAGAAAAGGAGCAUGUGACCAAAGACAAGAACAGAACUCAAUAUAAUAACUGGUCCUACGUAGAACACUUAAUUACAUGCACCAAAAAGGAACAUCAGCAAUAUAGCCAUUACAUCCACUGGGAAAUAACCGAAUAAUGCUAAUUGAAGGCAACUAAAACGUUAAUGAAGAAAGCCUAUCCGAGUAAUGAAAGACAAUAGAUAAAGAAAAAUAAAAAAUAAAUAAUACAUAACAAAGAAUAAAGUUAAUAAUAAUAAAAAAUAAUAAAAAUUAAAAAUAUUAAAAAAAAAAAAUAGAUAAUAAAAAAUAUAUAAAGAAUAAAAAAAAUAUUCUCGUUAGGUCGAAACGUUGCUGUGCAUUUUGUUGCAAUAAAUCUGCCUGCAGCUUUCACAUUUGGAGUGCCUGUGAAUUUUUCUUAUUGCGUAAUGGAGAAAUGGGCAUAUAGGGUGAGGCUGGCGUAAAGGGAAAAGCCGAAAUAAAGGUGAUCAUUAUAACUAUUGUUAAGUGCAAUCAUUUUAUAAAUACCUUGCUAUUCAAUAACUGGAAACAUAUAGGGAUUGACUAAUAAUAAACUCAUGUUUUAUCUUUUAAUUUAGAUUUCUGAAGUCACAAGGGGAAAUAUUAGAAUUGAAAUCAGAAAACUUGCUCCUUCUCGAAUCUCAAGAUCAGAACGCACCUGACUCUAGUGGUGAUGGGAUUGAAACUCUAAGCCAAGACUUUUGAUUUGAGAAGAACUAACCAUGUUAUGGUUUAUAUAUGAACAUGGCUCUAUAAAGCAUGAAAUAUGCAAAGAACAGCUCAAAAGAUAAUAUUUUAAAAAUAUUUUUCAUUACAAUUUGUACUGAAAGAGAGAAAAAUGUCUCAGGUAUCGGGGAAAAAUACUUGCUAGAUUUGCAGAUAGAUUUUUACACUAACUGUCAUAUUAAAAUGACAAAGUGUAAAGUAUUAUUUUUUAAAAUCUGUGAUUUGUGAGAAUGGGUCCAUCUGUUCAAUACUAUAUAACGUCCUUAGAAAGCCAACAAAAAAAGAGAGGAGUUCACUGGAAACUAUUAUAGGGCUCAUUCCCUUAAGGUUUUCAGAACGCAAAAGGUACAAAUAUCAUGACAAAAGUGCAUGAUAUUGUGUAUAGUUGCUGCUGGGAGAUACAGAGGAGGUUAUGGAAUGUACUGAUUUUAUCCAUUAUAGAGGUACCGGAAUGCAAAAUGUAGAUGAUGAAGAAAGAUACAUUAGAAAAAAAAUGAGAAUAUGGCCAACUUAAUGGACCAUAACUUAGUAGUAAUCUAAGACUACGUUAACAUGGGAUGGAAGCAUAGGGGUGAGCACCUGAAAGUACUAUAAUUAUUUUUAUAUAUAUAUUUUUUUUUAUAUAAGGUGAAUAUUUAUUAAAGGAACACUCCAAACACUAUAUCCAAUACAGGACUCUGCAGGGCUAUGGUGUUAGGACUACUCUGGCAAACUCCUAGUGUAACUUGUCAUACUGUUUUAGAAUAGUUUAACAGCUUAACAGGGUCUCAUCUGAUGCUCGAACCUGCAGCCCCUAUUUUAAUGUCCUUAGAGGAACAUUUACUGAACUGAGAGCGUCAGCUGAGUGUUCUCAGUCAAUGAUCAUGCCACUGCAUAGGCCAUGAUGUAGCUCUAUGAAGACAUCCGACAUCUUUUGAAGGAGAAGACUGGAUGCAGAAUGGGCGCCCGUGGGACCUAUGUACUACAGUGGGUUAUAAAGGUUAUGGUGCUUGGAGUAUUUCUCUAAAUACUUAACACUGUUUUUAAAUCUGUGAUGUAUGAACUCGUGUUGUAACUUGUAUCUAGAGGUUCUAAUGUGUGUAUAUAGUUUGUAUCAAGGGACCGUGUUUAAAUAGGGGCUAUAGCUUGUUUCUGGAGGUUGUAAUGUAUGUAUAGGGGCUGUAGUGUGAAUCUAUGGGCUGUAAUGUGUGUAUAGGGAUUGUGAAAUGUAUGUGUAUAGGGACUGUCGUAUGUGUGUUUGUGUAUGUGUAUAGAGGCUCUAGAUUGUACAUAGGGGCUGCAGUGUUUUCCAGAGGCUGGAGAGGGGAUUUAGGGUGUGGGGGUGUCUAAAGGCUUCAGGGUCUCAGGGAUGCAGAGCAGCAAUUUAAUAACCAUUAUUAAACAACAAAAAAAAAGUUUUACUCUCACCAGCUCUUUGCAGAGGUGUACCAAGGUCGUGUGGUGCUUGGGUGGGCAAGUCCUGUAUUUGCAUAUCUCCCUUCUCCCCAAACCAGUUCCAAGCCCUUGAAGAUUGCAGGUUCCCGACUGAGGGUUUUUAAAAUAAUAAUAAUAAAUAUGUCUGUAGCCUUAUUCAAUUUUUAUACCAUAAUAUCUGCUAAGGUGAAUUAUUUUUGCAAAUUCACCAAAAUGUACUUUUUACAAGGUUAUUAUCUAAUAGGAGAAUUGUCAGGCCAAAAUAGUAAAAACUGUAAAUACUCUUAAAGUUGCCUAUGCUCCCCAUUUGUCUAAUUUGGUCUUAGAUUAGAAUUUUGCUUUAAAUAAUUUUGGCAUCACCAAUGACAUGCAUGCCUCUUCCAAGGUGGGCAUCUCCAUUUAGUCCAUGCACAGAGUCCUAGUGAAGAGCUCAAAAUGUCACACCUGCUUGCCUGGUUUCUUGUCUAUGUCUGAGAGUAUGCUAUUUGAGGUGUUGCAUAUGUGGGGAUAGGCUGUCUGUGGUGUUGUGUUUGUAGGCUGCUUGUAGUAUUGUAUGUUUGUGUGGACGCUGUUUGUGAUAUUUUAUAUCUAUGGGAAUGAUAUUUUGAGUGUUUGUUGAUGGGGCUGUUUGUGGUCUUGUGUGUGGAGAGAAAUGUUUGUGGUGUAAUGUGUGUGCAUUUAUAUGGGGCAGCAUAGGGGCUGUAGUCUGUGUGUGGAUAGAGGUUGUAUUGUGUGUUUGAGACAGCAUAGGGGGCUACAAUGUUAGUGUGUAUUUGUGGGGGAUAGGGGCUGUAGCGUGGGAGAAUGGAGCUGUAGUGUAAGGGAAAUAGAUGUAGUGUAGAGGGGCAUAGGGGGAUAGGGGCUGUAAGACAGAGGUGGGUGGAGGAUAAGGGCUGUAGUGUAGGGGUAUGAAAGUUGUAGUUUAGGGGCUAUUUUACAGAAGCGCCUCUAGUGGCUGUCAUAUUGAAAGCCACUAAAGGCAGGUUAUCCCUGCAAUGUAAACAUUGCCGUUUUGAAGUGCUGGGUUAAAACGAGGGCACAUGGUACACAGACCAUUUAAUUGAGAUGAAGUGUUCUGGUGGCCUGUAGCUUUCCUUUAAAAUGGUAUACAUGCAAACACCUCUCGAUGUGAGGGAAAGGGUAUAUGAUAAUUAAAAGAUAAUGCAUGCAAAGCCUUUCUGACAUAUCCUGAUAAGGAAUAAUUAUUUUAUAAUGGAACACAAAUGUGGUCUGACAUACUGUGCUCUGCGGAGUUUGGUAGAUGCAUGGCAUGCUUAUAUAUAUAGUAGGCUUGUCUGCAGUGUUCGGCAACUAUAAAAUUAAUUUAAAAUUUUGCUUUACAGCUUUUGAAAGUUUUUUUUUUAAACAUCUGUUUUAACUAGAAAUCUAAUGUUAUGCUGAACACAGAUUAGAAUGAAUUUUUGAGAUCUACGGUCUACUGAAAACUGAGACUAGUGUACUCAUGACACCUCAAUGCUCAUCUUAGAGAGUCUCGACAGUUAAUGUUAUCACUCUGUGAAUGAGCAGUAGUCGGGAUAGUGAGGCUGAUCAUGGCAUCAUGACCCAUGACAGCUUAAAAUGGCAGCUCUCGCAAAUAGAAAAUUCAAUGUUGAUGAUUAAAAAAAAAAAACAUGAAGAAAUCAUGGUAAGCGUCUUAAACAAUUAAAACAGUGGUGAAUUAUUUUUCAAGAUAAUGUUUGUUUUUCAUAAUGUUUUCAGUGGUUGUACUUUAAUUGUUUUGACAUGUUUGUAUGUGUACAUUUUUAUUUAUUCUUUUGAAUAAAGGUGCAGUGAUAUAUUUUGCUCCAUUUAAGUACUAAAUUAUUUUCUCAAUCUUUGUGCCAAUGUCAUUGAAGAUAAUCAGUAUAUAACCCAUUACAAUGGUAUUAAUUGUAUAGAAUAUAUUCCUUUUACUAAAUGUAGUCAGG